CAGUGGAGUGUUUUUUCCCCUCGAAGCCAUUUUUUCCCGGGUACCAGAUCUGGGCGCGGGCAGAGGGGCCGGCAGGCAUGAUGGCGGUGCUGAUGCUGACCGGGCUGGCGGGCUUCUACGUGUGGCUCUACUACAACUUCCUGCAAGCCGCCAAGUGCCUCAACCGGAGGAGCCUGCGCGGCAAGACGGUCCUGAUCACAGGUGCAAACAGAGGAAUUGGGGAAGAAACGGCGCUGGAUCUAGCCCGGAGAGGAGCUCGUAUCAUCCUAGCCUGCCGGAACAAAGCACAAGCAGAAUCAGUGGCCUCUAACAUCCGCAUGGAAACUGGGAACAGUGAGGUUUUCACCAUGCGUUUGGAUCUGGCCGACCUGAGCUCCGUGCGAGCUUUUGCGGAUGAGUUCCUGAGAUCUGAGCCUCGCCUUGACAUUCUGAUCAACAAUGCAGGUAUUCAAGAUGGGGGCAGGAGUGCCGACGGCUUCAAUUUGACUUUCCAGGUGAACCACCUGAGCCACUUCCUGCUGACCCACCUCCUGUUGGAUCGACUGAAAUGCUGCGCUCCUAGCCGCGUGGUGGUGUUGGCAUCAAGUGCACAUCAGGCAGGAAAGAUCGACUUUAAGAACAUCCACAAACCAGUGCAUGGGUUUCUGAAAUAUUUCCAGGCCUACUGCCACAGCAAACUGGCCAACAUUCUGUUUACUCGAGAGCUGGCUAACAGGCUGGAAGGGACCAAUGUUACCUGCUAUGCUGUUCAUCCAGGCUUAGUUGCCACAGAAAUUAUGUGCAAACGUCGUGUCUGGAUGAAACCGCUUGUCUUUCUUGCUCGGUUCUUCAUCCGUGAUGCUGUGGAAGGCGCUCAGACAUCGAUCUAUUGCGCUACUCAGGAUGGGAUUGAGAAGUACAGCGGCCACUAUUUUGCUGACUGCAAGCCAGAAGAACCAUAUCCCCAAGCCCGAGACGAUGCCGUGGCCAAGAAGCUUUGGGCAUUCAGCGAGAAACUGUUGGGGCUGGCCGAGCAAACUCCUCCAGAACAGCACUGGGGCGACUAGGGAGGGUGAACUCUGUUAUCUUUGUGAAGCGGCCGUGAACGGUUGCUAAAAAGCAAAUGGCUUUGGACAACAGAAGCACAGUUCUCAGGCCCUUUCGGAAUUGGGUCUGAAGCCGUGGGGGUUCCAAUUGCUGGUCUCUUUGGGGUCUUCCUGCUACUUUCCCUGCUUUAUUAGGCUACACCUCCUGCAAAGAACAGAAAGGAUGAUUUCUAAUAAAAUCUACUCCAGUGGGA